UUGCGUGCUCUUUCUCGCUUGCGCAGCCUGUCGGCUCCGAUUGCGUGCUCUUUCUCUAUCGCGUAGCCGAUCGGCUCCGAUUGCGUGCCCGCUGCGGCCGCGCCGACCGCCAUUUUGAUAGCAACAUUUGAACGUAAUAGUUGUGCGUACUUGUACGAAAAGAUGAAUGAUGAAAAAUUAAUAAUACUCGUGUCAAAAUAUGAGUGUUUAUUUGACAUAACCAAGCCAUCAUAUAGCGAUCGGAUAAUGAAAGACAAUGCAUGGGAGGAAAUUAGCAAAUGUCUCGGAAUAAGAAUCUGUAAAAAUAAAACAAACACACAAAAUAGAAAUAUAAGACUGCCGUACCAAAACGAACUAUAAAAUAAAACUUAAAAGAAAGUUCUUUUUUACCAAAAAGAACUUUCUUUUAUAAUACCAUUUUUUCGCAAUCGAAACCAAAUAUCUAAUGUAACAUUAUCAUCGGAUGAUUCAGAGCCUGGCACACCAAUACCACCACCAUCGACAUCAUCUAAACGUUCUGACCAUUCUGAAGUUGAAUCGCUUGCAAGUACUUCUGGCUCGAAAAAGAGACCACGCUUAAGCAAAGAUGUUGCUACGGUUUUCGAAGAGUAUCUUGAAGAAAAAAGAAAUACUACACCCCGUGACAAGGCAUUACGUAAUUUUUUUUUGUCUAUGUCAGAUACAGUGGAAACAUUCCCAAAAGAAGUCCAAGCACGAAUUAAAAGGCGCGUGUUUAACAUUGUUAAUGAAGCUGAAUUAAGUCUGUAUGAAAAUAGUACAGAUUUGAAUUAUUCUUUGUCUAUAAAUUCACCGCCAUCGACUAAUCAAUCUACUUACCUAGUGUCAAACGAAACCUAUAUUCCUCAAAACUAUCCAGAUCAGACUACUUACGGGUACAAUACCAGCACACAAAAUACAAAAUAAUAAACAAU